GUCAUCUUUGAAGAAAGUUGCAGAUUCAUCAUUGUAGGGAUGUAUUUAUAAUUGCAAAAGCAAACGAAGCCUGCAAACUUUCUCCUAUGGAAAAUAUCUUCCCUUCCCAUUCUCCAUCCCCGCUAUCUGAUGCCAAUCCCUCUUUGCACUAUCUUGUUCCCCACACUGCAUACAAAGUUUUCAUUAAUCACCGCGGAAAAGAUACAAAGCAAUCUCUUGCAAGUUCCAUAUAUCAUAAUCUUGAUAAUAGAGGAGUCAAAGUGUUUCUGGAUAAAAUGUCUCUGCAACCGGGACAAUACAUACCCCAAGCUCUGAUUUUCGCAAUACGCAGUGCUUCAGUUCAUGUUGUGAUCUUAUCUGAGAACUAUGCUGAAUCUGAGUGGUGUUUGGAUGAGCUACUUCUGAUCCGUGAAACGGGGGCCCCAAUUGUUCCCGUGUUUUGGAAGAUUCGACCCUCUGACGUACGAAUGGAGAACAAGAAUGGAGUGUAUGCAAAAGCGUUCCGAAAGCACAAGAAGGUUGGAAAAUUCGAUAGUCGAACGCUUGAGAAAUGGAAAGCAGCUCUGCGCUGGGUCUCACUCCUGGAGGGCUUUAUUAGUGAAGGUGAGCAAGGAGAGAUGGUGGAGAAAAUAAUAGCGUGUGGAUCGAUACAUUGAAAUAAGUGAAUAAGCUUUCAUUUAUAAUUAUGCUUUUGAAUUAUAAUAUGCUUUUGAAUUAUAAGUGAAUAAGCUUUCAUUUAUACUUCAAAAGAUAUUACAUAAU